UCUUUGAGCCUUCGUUGUUUUGCAGAGAGGGAGCAUUCCACCCGGUCUGUUUACCCAGCCCAGGGCUGGUUACACUGUUAGAACUACAACGAGGAGUGGGGAAAGACAUCUGACGCUUAUUUAACUUGAUGCUCCGGGCUGACGUAGCAACGCGCUCUCUCCAUGGCUGAUGGUGGGAAGUUGCAGGGACACUUCACGUUGCUCACUCUUUUGUCGCUCGCCCUCCUUCUCUGGAAAUAAUGGCAGCCUCAAAGUCACACUCUUUCGAAGCCGUAGUCAAGUACAUCUUGUUUGGUGUCUUCUUCUCGCUCUGCAGCGCUCAGAAUGGAGGGGGCGAAGAAGGUCCGUCUUGCUACGGUGGAUUCGACCUGUACUUUGUUUUGGAUAAAUCUGGGAGCGUUGAACAUCACUGGAGUGAAAUUUUUUACUUUGUGAAUCACCUUGCCCAUAAGUUCAUCAGCCCACAGCUGAGAAUGUCUUUCAUCGUUUUCUCAACCAGAGGUACCACACUAAUGACCUUGACAGAGGACAGGGAACGGAUACGCAAAGGACUGGAGGAGUUACAAAUGGUGCAGACAGGAGGAGAUACCUACAUGCACGAAGGCUUUGAACGGGCAAGUGAGCAAAUCUACUACUCAAGUACUGAAGGUUACAGGACGGCCAGUGUCAUUAUCGCUCUGACAGAUGGCGAGUUGAUGGAGAACCUUUUUUAUUACGCGGAGCAAGAGGCUAACCGGUCUCGAAAGCUCGGGGCAACAGUCUACUGCGUUGGUGUCAAAGAUUUCAAUGAAACCCAGCUGGCACGCAUUGCAGACAGCAAGGACCACGUCUUCCCCGUAAACGAUGGCUUCACUGCCCUCCAGGGCAUCAUCGACUCGAUCCUCAAGAAAUCUUGCAUCGAGAUCCUGGCAGCUGAGCCUUCAAGCAUCUGUGCAGGAGAAUCGUUUGAAGUUGUCGUGAGAGGGAAUGGGUUUUCCCAUGCUCGCAACGUGGAUAAAGUUCUCUGCAGCUUCAAAAUUAACGAAACUAUAACUCUCACUCAGAAGCCCCUGGUGGUAAAGGACACCUAUUUGCUUUGUCCUGCUCCAGUGUUACAAGAAGUUAACAGGAAGGUGUUCUUGCAGGUCAGCAUGAAUGAUGGUCUUAGCUUCAUUUCCAGCUUCGUCACCAUCAAGACCGUCCACUGUUCGGACGGAACAAUUCUGGCCAUUGCACUCCUGAUCCUCUUCCUACUGCUGGCGCUGGCCCUCUUCUGGUGGUUCUGGCCCUUGUGCUGCACUGUGAUCAUAGCAGAGCCUCCACCACCACCCUCUGAUGAUGAAGAGGACUUGGAUUCAGAAGGAUUGCCCAAGAAGAAAUGGCCAACUGUUGAUGCCUCGUACUAUGGAGGACGGGGUGUGGGAGGGAUCAAACGAAUGGAGGUCCGAUGGGGCGAGAAGGGAUCAACGGAAGAAGGUGCUAAACUGGAAAAGGCCAAAAACGCCAGAGUUAAAAUGCCGGAUCAGGAAUAUGACUUCUCCGAGAUGGGAAUGCACAACAAUAACGGGGGUCGCAAGCUGAAUUCCCCAAGGAAAUGGUACUCACCUAUCAAGGGCAAGUUGGAUGCGCUGUGGGUUCUCCUACGGAAAGGAUACGAUCGGGUAUCUGUGAUGCGCCCUCGCCCUGGAGACAAGGGACGUUGCAUCAAUUUCACUCGAGUCAAGGCCAGCAGAUCACCCAGCUACCCCUACUACAACAACAUGAGGAAUGGUGGGCCGGCUCCCAUCUACAACCUGUCCAUCAGUCUUCCUCCAUCGCCUGCCCCGUCUCCCGAGCCGUCGCCUGUCCACUCGACAACUCCGUCGCCCACUCCGUCGCCAACCUCCACCUUGCCACCGCUCCCGCCGGGACCACCGCCCACCCGGGCUCCUCCGCCUUCACGCCCACCCCCUCGCCCUUCCUUCUAACCCUGGCGGCUCAAGUGGUCAACCCUUCACUUCAACAGCAGGCGGGAAGGGCACCAAAGAGGUACUGUGUAGAUGUUCAUACUGGUCUGAAGAAGACUGAUUUCCUUUGGCCAGUUUGUAGAGGGAACCUGCAGCAAAACAAACUCCAAUCUACACAGCAAUAUCCUUUGAACCUUUGCCAGUUAAAGUUGGCCUUAUUGUCUUCACCUUGAUCAAUCGUCGCUUUUAAAUGUGUGAUAUAUUGAUGUUUGACAGUUACCACUUUAUAUAUCUUAUUACAUUUUACUAUUUUUCUGCAACAAUGCUGGGCGUGAAUACUCAACACAACUCGUUUCCCCAUGUGUUGGGUUUUGACCAAUGUAUUGAAAGAAUUGUCGAGAUUUGGUGUAUAGGAGGAUUGUCAAUAUUCCUUGCUGAUUCUGCUACCUUUAAUGUAAGGUGUAAGCCUCUUGCCACAUCCUGUGGAAGGUACUAUUAUGUACUUUAGUUCCGAGCACAUUCGAGGCAGGGAGCAGAUAUCCGUGGCCCUUGAACAGGACCAUAUCCUGCCACUUCAGCCAUUGUCGGGGGUUAUGUUUCUAUGGUUGGGUCACACAUUGGAGGGUCUAAUUUGGGCGGAGAAUGUGGGUCACUCCGUGCUAUGGACAAGGGGGAGUUACUUCAUGAGGAGACCUGCCUCACUGAACUCUCUUCCCCUCAAUCCAUCCACCUCAUCCUCUCCAUUCCGCUGCCCCUUACUCCUACUUCAAGGAACAUGGCCACCAGACUCAGACCACCUAUGGAUGGGACCCAUGGAGCCCAGAGAGGAGAGGGUUGGAGGUUCUCUCAAAACAAAAUAAACUAUUAGCAGCACGAAGUUCUGAUCAAGGCCAGCAGGAGAUCACCCAGCUACCCCUACUACAACAACAUGAGGAAUGGGGCAUGGUGGCAGCAGGUAGUUCUGAUCUGCGUUGCAGUGUUGUCUAGUGUCAGGAUACACGCUGACCUUGCAUUGAGCCCAGUCAGGCAACAGUUAAUUCCUGCUAACUUGAUCUGUCUCUCCCGCUUGAUAACAUUCGGAAGACUGAAGUGAUGCUCUCCCACCUUGAAUGAAGCUUCCUUCCCCAGGCCACGGUCAAGGGCAAGCGAUGGUGGCAUUGUCUCUGGAGCGGCGGGACGCUGGUUCGAUACCCGCACUCCACUUGAGUUCAGCUGUUGCCCCAGAUACCACCUUACUCCUCUGUCGAUGGAUGCAAAUUGCCCAGAUGCCCCCACCCCAACCCCAGGGCAGAAAGGAUCACGAAGCAACGAAGGAUGUCUUGCCUUGACUAACCCAAAACACGCCUCCAAUGAGCAAAGUAAAAGUGGGUAAGGUACGACUUGCUUGGACAGUCCAAACAGGUCAAAUUGCUGGAGCAUUCAACUGUACUGGAGAUUGUAGCGGCACCUAGUGGCUAAACUGCGUAAUACAGAACCCUCGUCAGAGUUUGUGCACGCCGGGCUUUUGACAGUUGACCAAACGGUACUCUUCGCGUUAACAAGAGCUCAAAAAAACGUUUUCCCUCGACCAGAUACCCAUGUGGUUUAAAUGUUGUUUUUACAAUAAAGCUGUUUUACUCUA